ACUUCCUGGCGGGUUUCUUUCUCUCUGAAACUAACGGAUGUAAACAAAACCACCGUCCAAGAAGUGACAGUAAACAAAGCCUCACAUGGAACAGCCGCUGAAAGUUUGUGAGAAGUUAAUGUUGAACUUGUAUCUGUCAGUCGUAGCUAGUCGCUAUCACAUUAACUUCUGUGUUGGAUUUCAAUUUACCGACAACGUUAAGCUCGAUUAAACAAAGUGAGAUAGUUUAAUUCAACUCCCAUUAGUCCGGAGUGUGACCUCAGCAACGAUCUUUCAUCAUCGCUCUCUGAUGGACCAAUCUGACAGCGUGGGAGACCUCAAACACACGAUGGAGGCUGUGGCCCUGAAUGACGGUCCUGCUCCCGACAGCCCCAACGCACAGCGGGACACCUCGCCCGCAAACAUGCUGAGAAUAAAGCAGCAGAUGUCCAACCAGUGUUUUGAGAUGGCUGUACAGCUCAAUGCAGGAAAAGCAAAGAGGUCAUGCAGUUCAUCUGAAGCAGAGAGAGACUUACCAGAUUACGUCAGUGAGCUGGAAAGAGUCAAGACAAAUCAUUUUAACAGCAUGUUGACACUGCACAGGAUGCAGAUGUGGCAUGCUAUUGGAGAAAAGCUGAAAGAAAACAAUUCAGAGGCAGACGCACUGAAAGCUGUGAGUGAUCGCUGCAUGGCUUUUUGUUCACAUAUAAAACAACUUCAGAAAGAGUCCAGAGAUCUUCAAGAUGAAAUUACAGAAAUACAGAAGAAGAGACUUGAGAUGAAACGGCUCACACAUGAGAAAAUGAAAGAGAUGGAGGAGCUGAUGUCCAGGAAAGAGCACCCGGACACAGAGAAGUACAAAGCGGUGAUAGAGAAAGGACAGGCGAACCUGGAGAAAUAUAAAAAGCUGGCCAUUAUGACACAGAAUGUCCUGAGGGGCAUCCUCCUGGCCUGUAAAGUCAACUGGCUGGAUGAUCCCAAACUUCGAGACAUCGCCAUGACACUGGAGGAGAUUCCCAUCUCUGACUAGGAAAAGGAAUCUUUUCACUCAUAUUUAUGUUUCAGUGUUGCAUUGUUUAAUAGAUAAUAAAAUAUAAAUAUAAAACCCA